CCACGUCGCUAUAACAGUGUGUUCACAGUGUGAAACAGACGUGUUACGUUCCUCACAGUUUUUAAAUUAAAUAACAUUUUUACAAUGAAGAACGUUAAAGUAACGUAUUUCGAUAUUGAGGGCGUCGCUGAGGCGAUCCGCUGGCUCCUGGCCUAUGGUGGUCAGGAAUUUGAAGACGUCCGCGUUGGCUUCGCGGACUGGCCAGCUUUCAAGCCAAAAACGCCACAUGGUGUUAUGCCCCUGCUGGAAUUUGACGGCAAAGUGUACGGUCAGAGUUUUGCUAUCUGUCGUUACCUCGGCAAGAAAUACGGCCUUGCCGGUAAGACCCUGGAGGAAGACCUAGUUAUCGAUCAAAAUACCGAUUUCUACGCAGAUGUCCGUUUAAAGGGAAUUCAGUCGUUCUGGGAACCUGAUGCAAGUGUAAAGGCGGUGAAACAAGAGGCUCUCGUGAAGACCGUGUACCCAGAACUACUGCCAAAGUUGGAGAAAAUCAUUAAAGAAAACAACGGUCACAUGGCCCUCGGCAGAUUGACUUGGGCUGAUUUUGUGUUCGCUGGAUUUUAUGAGUUCUUCAAACAACAAUCACUGAUUCCGGAUAUGGACGAGAAAUACCCAAGCUUCAAAAAGUUGAGGGAAACCGUUUUGAACGUGCCCGCAGUCAAAAAGUACUUGGAAUCAAAGUCGAAAUAAAUGUAGUGUUAUUAUAAGUUUGUUACUUUGUUGU